AUUUAGAACACAGCGCACCAGAACCUGCAAAGAGCUCAGACGGCGGGUCGUGUUUCUUGUACGUUUUCACUCUUACCUGUUUUCCUGUAAACGACGUCAACAUAGAAAGAUGGAUUGUUUAAACGUACCCAAGAUUUUGCCCAACUCUCCCAGAAAGGCGAGGGGUCAAAUCCAGGUUAUUUUUGGACCAAUGUUCUCGGGGAAAAGCACUGAAUUAAUGCGGAGAGUGAGGCGCUUCCAGAUUGCCCAGUACAGCUGUUUGGUGAUCAAAUAUGCCAAGGACGUUCGCUACUCUCAUGAAGGAAUGGCCACACAUGACAAGAGUACAAUGGAAGCUGUGCCUGCCAACUGUCUCAGAGAGGUGCAGGGUUUGGCCCUUGAAGCAACUGUUAUUGGCAUUGAUGAAGGACAGUUUUUCCCAGACACUGUUGAAUUCUGUGAGGAAAUGGCCAACAGGGGCAAAACGGUCAUUGUUGCAGCGCUUGACGGCACGUUCCAGAGAAAGCCCUUUGGCAACAUUUUGAGCCUGGUGCCUUUGGCCGAGAGUGUGGUGAAGUUAAAUGCUGUCUGCAUGGAAUGCUUUAAAGAAGCGUCCUACACCAAGAGACUUGGAGCAGAGAAAGAGGUUGAAGUGAUCGGAGGCGCUGAUAAAUAUCACGCAGUGUGCAGAGGGUGUUAUGGAGGUCUGAUGUCCAAUAAGGAGAAUAACGCUCCUCAGAAGGAUGAGACACCUCCUCACGUCAUGACAGGGAAGCAAUUGGACUAUAAUGCACCACGAAAGCUUUUUGCCACGCUUCAUCUAUGAACACAUACAGCAUACAAGAACAGAGUGAUUAACCUACAACUUGAAGCAUUUAAUUAAUAGCACCCACAACGCCUCUAUCUACAGUAGCUACAUUUACUGAUUGCAGCAGGAAAAUUGUGCUGUUUAUUUCAUGUACAUGGGUAUGUAAUGUUGUUUUAUUUUUUUGUUUUGUUUUUUUAUUUCUUUUAAUCAGUGAUUGCAGUUAAACUGCACUGCACCAGCAAAUAACACUGCCAAUGAACAAUGUUGGUGUUUUAAGCAUUUUAAUAAAUGUAUAUAUUAAUCUAAUUAAAUUGUGAUCUCUGAAUGA